UCUUCACCUUGAUUUCGAAUCUGUUUCGCUAUAUCAUUAUGACAAGUUCUAGCUGUCUGUUGAUGUGCAUGACCUUAGCUUCAAUUUGCUACGCCGCCCCACUUGAUCUUCGAACUACAGCUUCGUUGCUUUCUCGUCAAUCGUUGGAUGCACAUUGCGCUUUCACAGGCAACUCAGAUCUCUAUGGCCUCGGUAUCCGGGUCGGUAUAUACUUGCAAUGGGUCUCGGCUUUCCUCGCAAACUUGCGUCACGCCGACGCGGUUCAAGAUAUGCUUGCUACCAACACGAUAUUCCUAAUGGCCCUGUUCAUUGCGCUAGCAAUCAUCACCGCCAACCAGACUGUUCGUGCUGCUGAAGUAGUCAUAUUGCUUCAACUUUGCUUUGGAUUCUUGUUCACCGUUUCUUCGACUUGGGGAUUGCGAGUUCGAGCCACAUUCACGUCUCCGCCGAAUUACGGGGGGCGUAUCAAACUCCCGCUACUGGGCUCCACGAUUCGGAUCUGCCUGGCUACCGCAAUAUGCAUAUACAAUGUCUGGUUCUGGUUCACUGGUAUCGAUAAGCUGAACGUCGACCCAACUUGCAACCACGGGGCUUCUUGUUUGCUUCUGUUAAUUUAUUGAAAGGUGCUCGCGUUUUCUUCCAAAUCACAGCAGUUUUGACUACUAUCACUUAUGGGAUGGCUACUUGCUCUGAAAUCAUAUUGUUCGUCUUCAAUUGGGUAUUCUAUGGUAUCAUGGCUGCCUCGAUUGCUGCUUUGGUCGCUUUCCAUCAAGAUCUACAUUCGCAUGGCUCUAAACCAAAGAAACGGC